UCCUAUGUCACACACUAAACCUCACUCUUUCUUCUUCUUCUGUUUCCUUUUGGCUGAAAAACCCUAGCUCCACCCGCUCUCAACUGCAACCAUGUCAACGCUCUCUCGUCUCCGGCAAGCGUUCCGCCACUAUUCCACAAUCCUCUCUCCGACCUCAUCAACGCCGUUAACCUCGAAGCAGAAGUCUCGAAGCGCUCUCCGCCUCCUCGGAACGGAGUCUAACCCCGAACGCAUCAUCGAGAUUUGCCGCGCUGCCUCCCUCACGCUGGAGUCUCACCUCGACCGCCGUGCCUUGUCCCUCGCCAUCACCAAACUCUCCGCUGCCAACCACUUCGACGGAAUCCGCCGUUUUCUCGACGAACUCAAAUCCCGCUCGGACCUCCGCACCGAGCGAUUCCUCUCUCACGCCAUCGUUCUCUACGGCCAAGCGAACAUGCUCGAACACUCGCUUCGCACCUUCGAUAGCGACCUCGCACCUUCUCGCUCCGUCAAAUCGCUCAACGCCUUGCUCUUCGCUUCUCUCCUCGCGAAGAACUACAAAGAGGUAUCUCGAAUCUACCUUGAAUUCCCUAAGAUUUAUUUGAUUAAACCUAAUGUAGAUACCUAUAACAUAGUUAUUAAGGGUUUCGCUGAGUCUGGUUCGUCUAGCUCUGUUUACUCUAUUUUGGAUGAGAUGGAUAGGAAUUCUGUUAAGCCUAAUUCAACGACUUUGAAUAAUUGCAUUGGUGGGUUUUACCGAGAGGAGAAGUUUGAGGAAGUGGGGAAGGUGAUGAAAUUGAUGGAGGAAAAGUACAGGGUGUUUCCUGGACUUAGUACUUAUAAUGUUAGGAUUCAGAGUUUGUGUAAGUUGAAGAGGUCUUCCGAGGCCAAGGCUUUGCUUGAAGGGAUGGUUUGUGGAGGGAGGAAGCCAAAUUCGGUUAGCUACUGUUAUUUGAUUCAUGGGUUUUGCAGGGAAGGGAACCUUGAGGAGGCCAAGAGGUUGUUUAGGGAAAUGAAGAGGAGAGGGUACGUGCCUCAUAGUGAGUGUUAUUUUACCCUUGUUCACUUCCUGUGCCAGGGUGGGGAUUUUGAUUCUGCGUUGGGGGUUGCAGGAGAAAGUAUGGCAAAAGGUUGGGUUCCUAAUUUCACGACAAUGAAAAAUCUUGUGAAUGGGCUUGUUGGUGCGUCUAAGAUAGAUGAUGCUAGAGAGCUUAUUAAGCAAAUCAAGGAGAAGUUUACUGCAAACAGUGAUAAGUGGGAUGAAAUUGAAGGUGGAUUGCCUCAGUGAGAAACUGUGUGGUCUGCUUGCAUAGUUGAUUUGUCUCAGGAAUCUCAGCUGAGGAAUGGCUUUCUUUUGUUGUUGCUCCGGCCCUUGGCUUUUGUGCAAAUGAAAUCAAUGCUAGCCGGUAAUCUGCUGAGUUAGUUUUAACAUGUUCGCUAUCGUGGGGCAUGCUUAGUUUUCCUUGUUUGGGUAAUAAAAGAAUUGUGAAACGGUUAUGAAGACAGUAUUCUGUUUGUUCUCAUUUGUUAUACCUCUGUCAAUUGCAUUAGCUCAAUUUUGCUUUUCCAAAAAAGCAGACCGGUACGCUUCAUGGACCUGUAUAUUACAUUAUUAGUUUAUUACUAAUUUUUGGUUUCUUAUACUGCUCUUCCUCCAUAGCUUACUAAAGCUGGUUGCUACCAGCUGCUUUUGAUAUGUGCCUUGUCAUUUUUGUUUAU